CUGUAUUCUAAGGCGACGGGCAUGCGACUUGGAAAGCGGUGGUAUAGCGUAAGCACCGUAAAUGGAAAGUCAGAACUUGACAUAUACCACUCCGCAACUUGAUUGAAGCCUUUGUGAACAUGGGUCCUCGACUUUGCAGUGCUCUGUCUUGUCUGCUGUUAGUCAGUUUAUCGCAGGCAGCCGACGUAUAUCUCAGCCCAUCUCAACCAUUUCCAUCCCUGCUUUCCCUACAGCAUGCUGGUUUCGCCUUGUCGCAACAUCUGGGUCUCGAGCCAAUCGAGAAUUUCCAGAAUUAUGGCGAACUGCUAAGAGAGCACGAGUUUGUCGGACAGGGGGCUUCAAACGCGUUGUUUCUACUAGUAGACGAUGCUAAUUUGCAAGCCUGCUCGUUCUCGAUUGCAGGGGCACCCACUAGUUCUAUUACUUCUUUUGUGUCCUCGUAUCUGCAACGCGCCGCUCAUGCAUACUCCCUCGUCUACUCUGAUCUCGCUAUUCCCCCAGAAGGCAUCCCUCGGACUCUUGACAUCUUUUCUGCCCCGACACCCGCAAACGAAGCUUUCCUUGCAGAAAUCUCAACACUUACCAAAUUCGUCGAGCCAACCGCAGAUAUUUACGAUGACAAGUUUGCGUCUUUGGAGUUAACAGGACUGUCCCAGCUCGCAGCUACAUAUGGUCGUUCAAGCGACCAGUACCAGCUUGCAGCAAGAACAGUCCGAGCCGUUCUUGAAGCCAGUGCCGCUGAUGCAAAGACCCGCGUCGCCGUCUUGUCAUACACCCCCUCUCUUAUAUUGGACAAACGACAACCGCAGUCACCGCAGCAGUCACCCCUCGCAGCACUCCGCCCACUUGCAGGACCGCCAAUUCGUCGUCUGGCCUCUUGCUUCACGAGCGCUGAGACCUGCUCCAACGGGACCAAUUCCUGUUCCGGUCACGGGCAGUGCGUGAGCACCCUCAGUGCUGAACAGGAGUGUUUCAUCUGUGCUUGUUCUGACACCAAGUCUAAUUCUGGGAAGACGGAAAGCUGGGCAGGUGAUAUGUGUCAGCGCAAGGACAUCAGUAGCACCUUCGUGUUGAUCGCAGGGACAGUGAUCACACUUAUCCUCUUGAUGGGAGGCGCUGUCUCGUUGCUUUAUUCUAUCGGUGACGACGAACUUCCUAGCAUCCUCAUGGGUGGUGUGGCAAGUGGAUUGAGGAAAGAAUGAGAGGGCGCCAAUACGUUGCAUAAUGGGCAUGGCUAGUAAUUCUUGUCGUCAAAUGCAGAUUCCUUCAUGAUGCAUGAUGCUUUGAUACUACUCGACUUGGCAGUGCUUAUGGUACUGUUCUUCCAGACUGGAUUGAUGUUUGACUAAUUUUCACUAGUCUGACGCAGGUUGUUGGGUAUGAAGACUUCUUGCGGCAUGAUUGUGACGGUUCACUUAGCACAUCGUACAAUCACUCAAAUAUAAUUUCAAGUCACAAGUUA